AAGCCGCCUCCGAGGGAAGCCUGGGAGCCGCUCCACGGCCGCGCGGAGUUGCUGGUUUCCCCCCGCGUCUCUCGGAAAGAGCUUCCCGGCCCUCAGCCCAGGCCGGGGUCGCCGCGGGCGGAGGGGGAGGGGACGCGGGCCGGCGGGAUCGCUGGAAGGCGGGCGGCGCACGGACUCCGAGCCAGGAAGCGGCGCGAGGCGAAGGCGGCCGGCGCUAGCGCGGCGUGGAGCCGGCUGUGGAGGAAAGAGCAGCCACGGCCGCCCCGCCAACAGCGAGCUUGGACGCCGCCGGCCGCACCGCGGAGCAACAAGCGCCGAGCAAAAUGCACCCGCGGCGCCUCGCGGUCCUGCAGCCCUGCCGCGGCCCCGCGGCCCGCAGCCCCCCUGGGCGGCAGUGAGCGCGUCCCGCCACUGCCCGGAGCCGAGCGGAGGGCUCCCGGGCUGGGAUCUGGACAAAACCACGGCGGCUGUGCAUUUCCAGGAAGCCCCUCGCAGGCUGAGCGAGAGCCCACCUUCGGCCGCCAGUGGGGCAUCAGCUGGCGGCGCGCAUGGAUUUAUGAAGACACUCAUGCAAGAAGUGGGCAGGACUUGGGCAAACUUUUCCACCGGCUCAGCGUCGGCCGCUCCCCGAAACUUCUCUCCUCUCCUCUCCUCGCCCGGCGGCCGCCGCUGCCCGAGAUGGUGGCCGCGCUGCUGGCCGGCGGCGGCGGGGCCCGCGUGGGGGCCGUGCCGGGCGCCUGGCUGUGCUUGAUGGCGCUGCUGCAGCUGCUGGGAUCGGCGCCGCGGGGCUCCGGGUUGGCGCACGGCCGCCGCCUCAUCUGCUGGCAGGCGCUGCUGCAGUGCCAGGGGGAGCCGGAGUGCAGCUACGCCUACAACCAGUACGCCGAGGCGUGCGCGCCGGUGCUGGCGCAGCGCGGCGGGGGCGACGCGCCGGGCGCCGUGGCCGCCGCCGCCGCCGCCUACCCAGCCCCGGGAGCCUCCUUCUCGUCCCGCUGGCGCUGUCCGAGCCACUGCAUCUCGGCGCUCAUUCAGCUCAACCACACGCGCCGCGGGCCCGCGCUGGAGGACUGUGACUGCGCGCAGGACGAGAACUGCAAGUCCACCAAGCGCGCCAUUGAGCCGUGCCUGCCCCGGACGAGCGGCGGCGGCGCGGGCGGCCCGGGCGCGGGCGGGGUCAUGGGCUGCGUGGAGGCCCGGCGGCGCUGCGAGCGCGACAGCCGCUGCAACCUGGCGCUCAACCGCUACCUGACCUACUGCGGCAAGCUCUUCAACGGGCUGCGCUGCACGGACGAGUGCCGCACGGUCAUCGAGGACAUGCUGGCCGUGCCGAAGGCGGCGCUGCUCAACGACUGCGUGUGCGACGGCCUGGAGCGGCCCAUCUGCGAGUCGGUCAAGGAGAACAUGGCCCGCCUGUGCUUCGGCGCCGAUCUGGGCAACGGCCCCGGCAGCAGCGGCUCGGACGGGGGCUUGGACGACUACUACGAUGAAGAGUACGACGAGGAGCCUCGCCUCGGGGGUGCGGGCGGAGAGCAGCCGCUGGACGACGACGACGGGGUCCCGCACGUCCCGCGCCCGGGCGGCGGCGCUGCUGCGGCGGGUGGCCGCGGGGAGCCGCCCUAUGGGCCCGGGCGCCGCAGCGUCAGCGGAGGCGGCCGCGCGGUGUCCCUGGGCGCCGGGACCCCGCUCGCCUCCAUCUUGCUGCCGCCGCUGCUGCUGCUCGGGCGGCUGCUUUAGACUCGCCCCCGCCAUGAGCUGCGGGAGAGCCCCGCGUCCCGCUCCCUCCCCCGCCCCCCGCACACUCUCCAGCUAGCUCCUGGGGCUGCGGGACUGAGGGGGGUGGGGUGGGGCACCUCCCUCAUCCUUUUCCAGGUCGACUCGGCUCAGCCCGUCCACCGGCCAGGACGCUAGGCACUUAGGCGUCAGCUCUCUCCAAGCAUCACUCCUUGGACCUCGGCCCGAGCCCCUAAAAUGUACCAAGUGGCCCGUUGUGCAGAGGCGAAUCUGCAGAAGUCCGGACAACUGUCGAGGAAACAUUCUCUGGACCCAACCGUGGUGUCCGGGACUUGGAACGGACGGACCCCUAGGGUCUUCACAGUUCCCAGGAACUUGGGAACCGGGAAGGUGGGGCCCCAGGGUGGAGGAGGAGUGAAUGGUAUUGGCAAAGGGUCUCACCGUUUGUUAGCAUUUUUUUUUUCCUGCAAUAGGAAAAAAAAUAAUGAUGGUAUGGACUUUUAUUGCUUGUGACCAUUGAGGACAAAACAAUCGUAAGUAAAUAGAAGAGUCCCACCUUCAUUGCUACCACUCUGAUUUCACUUUUUUAGCACGUUUCUUGGGAUGAAGGGUUCAAAAAUUGCUGAUCUAAAAGAGUUACUAUGAUGUUGAACAAUGCAAUUCUUUUUUAUUUUACGAAGCUCUGUACUGCCAUCUAUGAAAGUCUCUUUAAGGUGUUUGUUCUGUUGCCAUUUUCAUUGUUUGCCUCAAGAAAUUACAUGUUCAAGUAUGCAGAGCUUGUAUAUUGCCUCUGCUCCUAUCAGGGUGUUAAACCCUGGUACAUCCUAUAUAAAGUGUGUUAAAACUGGGGUUUGUUACCAGUUGCUAUAUUUUGUAUAUAGAAUUUUUAUAAAUUGUAUGCGUCAGAAAAUAAUUUAUUUUUAAAAGAAAUUAAAAAGUUUUAAAACGAGAUGUUACUCCCUUUUCCCCCUCCAUAUGUCACCAAGGAUCCAAACCCACAGUCCAUUUUGAAGUGUGCUCCAUUUAGAACCAUCUUAAAAUGUACAGUGUAUUUUAUAGAUUUGAAGUAACAUCCUUAUUUUCCAGAGAAUUUAUGGACAUUGUAGAAAUGUAUAAACACAUUUCCAAACUGCCUUAAACAUUGUAUUUUUAUAGACAUCAUUUUUAAAAGUCUUGUGUUUUAAAUAACUAUGGCUUUGUGUAUUUUUUGUUACUUGUUUUAUUAAAAAUGUGUACAUCAGUAAAGAGUUUAAACAGUGA